AUGCACGCCUCCAAUUUACCUACGCAAACAGACCUUUUGGAGAAAUACCGGGGCCUGGUGACCCUUGGGCAUAUUAAAUACGACGAAGAACAGAUAAGAGCUGUCAUGAAGCUUCGACGCCUGCACAAGGAGUUGAUAGAUUAUGCCCCACCGGCGCAUUCUGCCAACCUUCUGGGCCCACUUGCCCAUCCGCCCUGUGAAGAUCCAGAACAAGAGAAGCCUUGGUGGGUCUUCUCAGAGAAAGAAAUGGAAACAAAGCAAUUCGGGAAAGCGCUUGUCACACUCCGGGGCCACGCCGAAGAGUUAGGGGCUCUGGAAACGCCCAAAGGUCUCCUUUUGACGGGACCUCCGGGGUCUGGAAAGAGUUUCUUGGUCGAUCUUUGGUUUCAGUCCGUCCCAACGCCAUACAAAGUUCGAAAGCACUAUAGUCAGCUUGUGUUAGAGAUCUAUCGUGGAGUAUGGGAGGAGACUAAACGACGGAUGGGAGCACAGAAUCAAAUCGUAUCCGAGGAAAGAGGUCCAUGGAAUAAGAACAUUCGCGGACAAAUGGAGCGCCUUUUGCGCGCAGGUUCUCUCCCUAUUCGAUGGGGAACUUUCAGACGCGUUUCCGCGGAAUAUACGAAUCCAUCCAUCGCGUUCAUGGUCGCAAAGAGACUUUUACUCAGACAUUGGUUGCUAGUCUUCGAUGAAAUUCAGCUUCUAGACGUCUCGAGUGCAAAUUUACUUGCUGAUGUGCUGACUUGGUAUUGGCGUAUGGGUGGUGUCAUUGUUGGCACUUCGAACAAAGUUCCUGAUGAACUUUACCGCAACGGAGUUCAGCGGGAAAGAUUGGAACCUUUCGUAGAGGCUCUGAAACUCAGGUGUCCUGUCACAGUUUUGGACGGUCAAAAAGACUGGCGGGAGGUACAAAGCGCGUCAGAGACCGACGGCCGUUCCUGGUUUACCUUUGAUCAACGUUCCGCCUUCAAUGACAUCGUUGAAAGAUAUUAUCCGGUCGAUAAAGAGUCGACAAGUCGAAUGUUGCGUGUGUUUGGCAGAACAAUAUAUAUCCCAUCUGCUUCUGGACAACUGUGUAAAUUCUCAUUCUCUGAACUGUGCAACGAGACACUCGGACCGGCAGACUAUCUGACAAUAGCAUCUAAUUUCUCAGUAAUUGUUAUAACUGACAUUCCAAUUUUACCGUUAUCACUCAAGGAUCAAGCGCGUCGUUUUAUCUCGCUGAUUGACGCGCUGUACGAAUCCCGGUGCAGAAUAAUCUGUCUCGGUGAAACGACUCCAGACAAGCUCUUCUUUCCGGAAUCAUCUGCACACAGCGAAGUUGACAUGAUGAUGGCCGAAUCAGUUGCCGAGACGCAGGACAUCUAUAGACCCAACAUAUCAUCCUACGAUACACCUCAGAUGCGUGAAGCACCGUCUGUUCCGAAAGUCGCGCUUUCCAUUGACACUCUGUCCAUCUUUUCUGGGGAAGAAGAACAGUUUGCGUUCAAACGCGCCCUGUCGCGUCUAUCAGAAAUGACGAGCGCGGCAUACAACCGCACCAAUCAGUGGUCUCCCCUUCCUCUGAGCGACCGGAGGUGGGAAACAGAAUUACCGCAUACAGGCACAGUGGAAUCGUCAUCUGCUUUCAUCGCCAAGGCAGAACCACGGGCGAGCGCAGAGUACGCUCAGCAGCAUCAGCUUACGCAGCCUAGGCCGGAAGCGCCUAGUCGCUCGGCCACCUACGACAGUGACGAUUUUGCCACGGAAGCAUCGUGCGAAACCGUUGGUCCGUCUUUCAAGCGCCCACAGGCCCCGCGAAUCAAUGCAGACCAUGUUUGGGGAGUUAGAGAAGACUGGGGGCCUGGAGCGAAAGCGUGGGGCUUGGGCCCUAAACUUUACGCCCGCCCCGAAAAAAGAACAAAGCUAGAAACAGACACGGAAGUCAAACGCAGCGUCGAGAGAACGCCAAAAGAUUAG